AUGUUCAGGUUUUCACCUAAAGUAAGUUUAAUGUUCAAAAAAAAAAUUAAAAAAAAUGGGGAAUUUCGUGAAAUGGCGACUUUAAAAGCCAUUUCAAUUCGAUUAAAAUCCGUUAAGAAUAUACAAAAAAUAACUCAGUCAAUGAAAAUGGUGUCAGCAGCAAAAUAUGCCAGAGCCGAAAGAGAUUUAAAACAAGUUAAACCAUUAGGAGAUGGUACAAAAAUAUUUCAUGACAAAGUACAAAUUGAAAAAACUGAAGAACUUAAAAAAACAUUGUUCAUUGCAAUGACAUCAGACAGAGGAUUGUGUGGAGCUGUUCAUUCUUCGGUUGCAAAAGUAAUUCGAACAUCAAAUGACGGAAUUCCAGAUAAUUUUAAAAUUGUUUGUGUUGGCGAUAAAUCCAGGUCUCUACUGCAAAGAUUAUUCUCUAAAAAUAUUAUAUUGGUUGGCCGACUUCCUCCGACAUUUAGGGAUGCAUCAAAACUCGCAUUAAAAAUAAUGGAAUCCGAUUUUGAAUAUGAUACGGCUAAAAUUAUUUAUAAUAGAUUUCGUUCCGUUGUAUCAUAUGUAACAGAUAAUAUUACUUUUCAUAAUGUAGAACUUAUAAAAGGUUCAAAGAAUUUUAAGACCUACGAAUUGGAAGAAGAUGAAGAAGAAGAGACAAUUUUGUCUUUUUUAGAAUUUUCCAUAGCAGCCCUAUUAUUUUAUUCAAUGAAAGAAGGAGCGUGCAGCGAACAAUCAUCGAGAAUGACUGCAAUGGACAAUGCAUCGAAAAAUGCAUCGGAAAUGAUAAAUAAACUGACAUUAACAUUUAACAGAACCAGACAAGCAGUUAUAACUAGAGAACUAAUAGAAAUUAUUUCCGGAGCUUCUGCUUUAUAA